AUGGUACCCUUCAUUUCGGCACUUCCUUCAUCCAGUACUUCUUCCAUUGAAGAUCCACAACAAUGGGUUAAUCGAAUCAGCAAAACCUUCCAAAACAAUCUUCUUGUAGACACCGAUCUUCCUGUCUGCAUCUUCCAAGUACCUGAAAACUUCACUGCCGAAAAGCCCGAGUCAUACAUUCCUCAAACCAUCGGCCUGGGACCUAUCCACCAUUUCCAGACCCAGCUUUAUAGCAAGCGAGAACAGCUCAAACUUGAGACAGCAAAAACGAUGCUAAAACCCUACAGAAUCACAUCUGAUUUCACGGAAAUUGUGAUCGAGAGUCUCAAACAACUCAUCCCAGAAGUCCGCUGCUGCUAUGGUUUAUAUUUUGACGUCGAUGAUGAUACAUUAGCUUGGGUUUUCGCGUUGGAUGGUCUCUUUUUGCUCGAUAUGUUAUCAAAAGUAUCCGAAGGAGAUUCUUUGGAGUCAUUUGAAGAUUUAGUGAUGAUGGAAAACCAAAUCCCACUUGUUUUGUUAAUCGAAGCUCGAACUGCUCUUGAAGAACACUUAUCUGGUGACUGUAACCAUUCUUUUCUAACGAAUUUGUUGAUUAGAAUUUGUGAAACUCGAUCACCUCUUAAGUUCAGCAGGCGGAUAUCUCGACUUGAUCUUGAUAUAAACACCCGUGUCCAUUUGCUUGAUUGCAUGUACCAUUUGAUCGUAAACCAUAACGUAUCUGCAAAAAACCAGUUUAUUCGAAAUAACUUCUUGGAUGAUAUAUAUCUUGAAGAUGUUGAAAAUGCAGUACAAAUGGCAGGAGAUUUAUGUCCAGGAGCAAAUGCUGUCUUGCAGCCUCUUUUGCUCAUUAUGAAGUUACCAUGGGACAAGAUUAUUAGCUUAAUCAAGACAAUGAUGGGGGAAACCCCUGCAGUACUUGAAAUUGACAUCCCUUCAGCUUCGGAGCUUUCAAGAAUCGGAAAAGUUGAAUUUUGCAUGACUCCAGGAGGCAUUCGUGAUGUUGAAUUUGACGAUGAAACACUUACGUUUUACCUCCCGAUACUUUCUCUAAAACCUGAUUCAGAAACUAUGCUACGAAAUUUGGUGGUCUACGAAGGGUUAAUGUUCAAAAAUGGCAACUUUACUAACCUUGAUUUAACAGAAUAUGUGGAUUUAAUGUGUGGGAUUAUCGAUGGUGUUAAGGAUGUGAGGAUCCUUAGAGAAAAGCAUAUAAUCGAAGGUGAAUUGGAUGAUGAGGAAAUUGUGAAACUUUUUAAUGGGAUUACUAAAUCAAGCUUGAAAAAUGAAGAGGCUUCGGAGUUGCAAAAGACAGUUACUAGAGGAGCGUGUCAAGUUUAUGAAUGUAAUAAUCGUUUAGGGUUUGGGAUUGGUCGGUUGCUCUUUGGUGCUGACGUGGAAACGAACCGGUUGUUCGAUUAUUAG